AUGUCGAAAGUUUCGAAGUUCGUGACAUCCUCCGACGAUUGCCAAAUAUUUGCUGAAGGCAUCGGCAACCUCGACGGUCCAACCGUUGUCUUGAUUCAUGGCUUAGGGUUAUCCACAGUCGUAUUCAACAACCUCUUUGGAGACGAUCAGCUACUUUCCAAAAUAUACCUUGUCCGGUAUGAUAUGAGAGGUCAUGGUAGGAGCGGCAAACAUCCGAAAAAGAUCGAUUAUUCCUCCCGCAAGUUCGCUGAGGAUUUCGUGGCUGUGACCAAGGAAUUUGAGAGACAAAAGCCUUAUCUACUCGGCUGGAGUUUAGGAGGGACUGUUGCGGUGGAUGUCUGCACGUACUGUCCUGGCUACCUGUCAGGCAUCAUCUAUGUUUCCGCUCUCCCAUACAUCGGAAAAAUCAUGGAGGUUUUGACAAAAGAAAGCCUUAUAAACCUUCGGCCAAGACUCGUCAGCCCGGACGCGGCAGAUGCGGAGAAAGCGAGGGUUGAGUUUGUAGACUCCACAUUCAAUGAGCUUAACACUUUGAACUGGGACGACCGGCAAGCUUGGGUUGAAGCGUUCAGGAACGUGAACGCCGAAGACGUGAAGACAACCCUUACGCGCGAGCAAGAUCCUCGGGCACUUUUUGCUGCGGGGAGGGAGGGAUUGAGAUUGCUUCAUCUAUACGGAGACGCUGAUAAACAGAUCGACAACGCUGUCGCCGAGGAAGAAGUGAGCCAGCAAUUCAUUAAUAAGAAUGUCGUUGUCAUCAAGGGUGGAGGGCACGCGUUAUUUUACGAGUUUCAAGACCAGGUCGUUCAGGAGAUUCUAGCAUUUGUUACCAAGUAGGGCUGUUAUCUGUUAUCACGGCUCACCAUAAAUUUUGUAAUUCUGAUAUGGGGCACGACCGGACAAAAUCAAACAAAUAAUUGUGUGGUGAAGUGCAAAAUUUCAAGUGAAAUCCGAUUGUCAAAUCAGAAAAGGUAAAAAUUUGUGCGAUCUUCAUCUAUCAGCGCGCCGCAUUAAUAUUGACCGAGACUCGUCGAUUGCGCAAUGUCCUAUUGACGACGACUUCACAUCAAUACUCUGCCUGCAACUGACCGCUGGCCUCCGCUGACAUAGACUUUGUACUGGUUA